UCAUCAAUUCUUCCCUUUCCUCAUCUUCUUCGUUGUUCUCUUGUCGCUGUUUUAGCUUCUCUAGCUGGUCAUGCCCGAUUUUCUACGAUGUGUUCGUUUUGAUUGCGUGAUACGAUUCUAGGGUUCUUUAAAUCUUUGUUGUCCGAAACUCUUCUUUCUCUCUGUUUUUUCGGCUCGAUUUAUGAGAUCUUGCGUCUGUCUGAUCGGAUUUUUAAGAUUAGGGUUCUUCGUUUCUUUUUGGGUAUAGGGUUUCGAAGAGCAUAGAUAUAAUGCCUUGGGUGCCCUUUAAGCUCCUCCUCCUUGAUUUGAUUCCUUCGUUGACCUUUUAUCAUUCUGGUUUGUGUUCUCAUCGUCUGAAACCUCUUCAGAAGAGUGAUUGGCGUGGUAAUCUUAGUUAACCUUUUCAGGUUAUUCUCGAAUCGUUCGUUUUUCCUUGAUCUUUGGGUUGUUCUGGUGACCUUUGUUCAGCUCGAUUCUGUCAUCGAAGUAGAAAUACGUGAUCUUAAUCGAAUCGUCGGACGUAUAGUCUGUUGUCGAUUAUCGGUUCUCUUGACUUGUUGGGCAUUCGAUUUGAAUCCUACAAAGUGACUUCUGCUCUGAAGAUCUUUGCCCUCAAUUGGAUAUGAUCUCUGUUUUUGGCAAACCGGACCCCAGAGACGCAAAUACCCACUUUGAAAACCCUAAUUUGAGCCCCACGAAUUGCUCUGAUGGCUCGAAGCUUGGUCCUUCCUUUUCCAGCUCUGAAGAUUCUCAGGAAUCCGAUGGGGAUGAUACCGGUAAUAUACACGAAACUGUGAGUGAAGCGUAUGAAACCUGCAAAUCUGUUUCCGGUUGUUUAUCUGCCAAGUCUUCGGAUGAGGAAGACGAGGACUUUUCGGCUGCAUUGCAGCGAAUAUUCUCCGAGACUGCACAAAUGAUUGUCAUCCCGGCCAUGAAAGGCAGUCGGGAGAAGUACGGAUUGUCGGCAAGGAAGAUGAGAGUGUCGUGGGCGGAAGAUGUGUAUGACCCUCCUCCUUCCAUAGAGUCUCACACGAGAGUCGGCCGCAAGAAACAUCAUCAUCAGAAAUCUAACCACAAGAAGACCGUAAGGAAAGGGCAGAAAGGAAGCGGUCAUUCUCCUUCCUCCUCGUCUCGUGGUGGAAAGGACAAGAAGCAGUCAUCUCGGAAACAGAGUAGUAGCCGAGACAAGUUUCACGUCAGUAAUAAUCCAGACAUAUAUUGCGGCGGCAUUUUCCUCCGGGCUAACCCCACCAAGGUACUUUACUCUGUGGCAGCCGAGGCCAUCUGAGACUGAGAGAGAGUACACCCUUUUUCCUUUUCUGCAAUACUCUUCUUCGCGUUGUGGAAUGCGGUGUCGGAGUUGGUCUUUUCUUCUGAAUAUUUCGGAUUCGGACUUAGGUGUGGUUUGUGUGUUGCAAAGGUUGUCUGAAACCCUCCUACUUUGUCGUCAAAUGAGAUGCUCUUUGCGAUAUUUGUGUAAUGAGAACCAACCAGGCAUUCAACUUUGAGUUUGGAUAUCUACACUGGUGGGCCGGAGGAGAGACAUGACAAGGUGGAAGGGUUACCCAAUAUCCGAUCUCGUAGUCCAACAAAGUCCAAAAAUAAGGUUUCUACGUGGUGUACUCAGCAUUGAUCUUGACGUAGUCGUAGCUGAGGUCGCACCCCCACGCUUUCCCCGUCCCCAAUCCUCCUCAUGUUCAUGAAAUUUUAUUGCAAUAAAAAUAAAUGCAUGUUAUGUGUUUUGCUCA